AUGUCUCAUCAACGUAAUCUCAAGCGUUCAUUUUGUGAACCAAUAUCUGUUGCAAAUUCUUUGAAAGAAUGUAACAGUACACCAUAUAAACGACGAAAACAAACUAGUCAAGCUCUGGAAGCCCUAGGUCAACUUUUUAUGGAUUCAUCUAUUGAUGAUCUUGAUAAUAAUAAACUCAAUAAAAAUGAUAUACUCAGCUUGACGCUGUCACGUCUUUUACGCCGUAAAUAUUGGUCAUCUGAUAUUGCUGAUAGAAAUACUAAAUUAGCAGCUGGCAUUCAAAGUUCAUCGAUUACAGAUGAUCUUAAAGGUUUUAUUAUUGCAGUCAAUACAACUGGUAGAAUUAUUUUAAUUAGUGAUAAUGUUGAAUAUUAUUUACGUAAAAAUGUUCGAUUACUUUAUCCUCAAUUAAGAAGUAUUUAUGAUUGUAUAAGUAAAAAUGAUCAUGAUACGAUCCGUCAAAUUCUUUCAACACCAACAAUGGAUGAAAAACGUGCUAUUUGCACUUGGAUAUUACCACGAGGUAAACGUCCUAAUCGAUCAAAUACAGAAACGAAAUCAAUGGUGUUGACAGGUCAUUUUUUCUUUACUGAAAAUGAUGAAAGUCAAGAACCAUUAUUUGUGGCACGUUGUGAACAAAUUCUUUCAAGCACACCUAAUAUUCCAACAAAUGGUACUGGUUCAACAAGUGCAACAACACUUCGAUUUGUUCUUACGGAUCAACUGAAUAUCAGUGAAAUUUCAUCAAAUACGGAAUUUUUAUUAGGUUAUAAGCCAAAUGAAUUAAUCGAUCAAUCAAUUUAUCGUAUUUUACCAACAGAAUGUUGGGAUAUAAUAGAACAAGCAAAACAAAAUUGUCUGUCAGGUCCACAUUGUACAUUUAUGAGUGUCCUUGAUCUGUUUACUCAUAAUGGUGAUCGUCUUACUUUUCUGUGCAAUACACAUACGUUGAUUGAAGGGCGACGUAAAAGAAUAAAAUUAGGUUUUCUAGCACAGCUUAUUGAUCCUCUCAUGCGAUAUCAAUGUCUUAAUUAUAUCAAUAAACAAAAUAGUGAACGACGAAAAGCUUUUAUUCAAUCAGAAUCAAUGUGUAUGUCAAAUAUAAUAUUAAAUAAUUCAACAACAACAAAUAUUUCAAUGUCACCCAAUGAUCAAUGUUUAUCAAUGAAUGAUAAACCAAAAUAUAAACGGCAACGAAUUGAUUAUGAAUACAUGGAAAAAGAAAAUUUUAGUGUCUUUGAUCAACCUCAAUAUAUUGCACAGGUUCCAUUUGCAACACAUUUUAAUAACAAAUUCUUAUCAUCUGGAACACAAGAACUUGGUCAUAUUGAUGAACUUUUUAAUUGGCUUGAUGAAGAAGAGAAAAGAUCAAAGAAUAAAUUUUCAGUAUUUGAUACUGUUAAUGAUGUAUUUAAUAUGAACAACAUUCCAGAUUUGGACCUUUUUACACCAAAUAUAUCAGAAAUAGACUUCUUUUAA